AUGACUGCUUCGGUUAAGAACUACGUAGACUACAACAGGGCCGAAAGAUGGACUCGCCGCUUGCGAUCUCUGGAAAGCGGAACAGCAACCGAGGCGAAGAAAGAAACCUUAUUUUUUUGCCUCCAUCUCACGGAGUACUCCGAUGCCCCUUCCGUUGAGUUCUACCCCUCCAUCAAUCUCCUCGAGCUGCAAAAGCAAGCACGCCAGCUGGCAUCCGACCGAAAGCAGCAAGCAGGCAGGCAACCUUGGACAAACGGAGAAUGUCCGUCUUGAAUGCGGGGAACCUUGAACCCGAGUUUGAGGGUGUGUUGCAAUUCGCGGAUCGCGGAGCCUCAAAUUCCAGUCCUCCCCUGCCGAGAACAGCGCUGGUCGGCUGGAAUAAUGUCCAG